UUUUUUUCUUUUUAGGCCAAACAUCUGUUUAACAAAGUUUUUGAUUACCUGUUUCUUUAAUAUGUCGUUUUUAAUAGGGUGCAGAUAAGAAAUGCAGAUUUUAGACACAUAUAUGGUUCGUUUAGUAAAUGUUUUUUUGGGUUUUGCAUUAGACAACUUCUAAAUUGUCAGAUGGAGGAGGGAAACUUGGCAUAGGCCAUAGGAAAAAAUACCUGAAAUGUUGCCUCUCAUGUGGUAAAAGUAGUAAAAAGCUAAGGCGUAAUUUCUUCUCCUCGUGUCUGUUAUUGAUAGGAGCAGUUGUGUUCCAUGCAUAAAGUUGUGGGCAGACUGCUGUUACAUCCUCACCAUUGUUUGCAGAUGAAACGCGACGCGUCAAUCGUGGAAUCGCGCGGAUACCCACGUGCCGUGCGCGCAGUGAUCGUAAAUCAGGCCUGAGGUGUAACGUGGCAGUAAAAGUAAAUGUUUCCUCCAUUGCCAAUAUGAUAUUAUGAUAUUGGAAAGCUUUUCCAGGGAGCGCGUGCGUCAUGCCGCUCUCUAUUAGGGGCUAUUUUCGUCCUGCACUGGAAGUCAUUCAUCCACCAUCUACCCACCCUGACAGCACCCAAUAAACCUACCACUCCCAUUCAUCUCCACCCACCUCCACCCUCUCUCUCUCGCUCUCGCUCUCUCUCUCUCUGACGAACAUUGGUGACUUAAAAAACAACAGGAGAAUUGUGUUUGUGCGUCCAAGAGGAAUACCUUCUGCUGCCUUUAACAAUUUACCAACAAAUUCUCUCUUUGAAGCUUUUUUAUUAUUGUUGUUCUGCACCUGUAAUCUGUUUCUCCACAGCAAAGGUAAGAUCAUGUGUGUUUGUGAAAUGAUUUUUUUUUUUCUACUGUGAUUUGGCUGAAUGUAUAAAUGUGUUUUGACAUAAGUGACAGGCGUUGAUUUAGAGUGAGAUCAAUAAUGCAGUACUUGCCUCUUGGAACCAUGGUGUCAGCGCGAUGGGGAGCUGUAAAGCUUCUGCUUUGGUUGCAGUGUUGCAGCACAUCACACAUUAAACCCUUAAACUAUCCAUUUUACGUGUCUUUUAUCUCCAGAAUCGCAGAUUUUGGAAGAUUUGGGGAGACGUUAAUGGACUUUUACGCACGACUGCAGGACAAAACCAAAAGCGUGUGGCUAAAAUGUUAAUUUAUUUUUUUUUAAUCCUACGUGUGUGCACUGAAGCUUUUACUUAUUUUGAAUUCAUAGAAAAUUCGGAAACAUUCUGAACAGCACGGUAACUAGAAUUAUGUCAGCAAAGUGAAACCAGCAAAGUGCGUAAAGGAGAUUUCUCUAAAGUUGUUGGUUUGAGAACUCCUCUGACCAACACUGUGUGAAGUUCUGUCUUUUAUAAUGAAUACAUUUGAUUUGACACGAUGGAGAAACGGUUUCUCCUCUUCCUCUGCUGUGCGUCAGGUAGGCGCAGCAAGGUGGUCCCCUUUGGCUUCUCCUUAUACCUUUUUUAAUCCUAAAAUACGACAUCAAAGAGAAUAUUCCACUAUGAUGAUCAAAGAUAAUAGAGUUUUAGAGUUUUUCUCUUUCAUUUUCUCAGUGACAACUUGAAUUAAACUCAUGGAUUUUUGUCUGUAGUCUUUCCACCCUUGAGGUUUGAAUUUCAUCUAUUUGAGUUUAGAAAUCCUCUGGGUUUUGUUUUGUUAAUGCAACUUUGGGAACGUUUUAAAGGAAAAUACUGAAAAUGCUAAAUAAGCCUAAAUUGAGCACAAUGUAAAAUGUGCGUAUUGGUGUUUUCACGUUGAUUUGGGGGCUAAGAUGUUUUUUUACGCAUGGACAUACAGAAGCUGUUGUGAUAACGACACCAGUUGAGGAAUCUGUUAAAAGUGUGGCUUUCAGAUCAUUUGCAUAAAUGUUACUUUCUUUCUUACUUACUUUUCUUUUUCUCCGCAGACUUCUCAAUGAUAAUCCAGUCCUUCGCGCGCAACAGCACUUGAUCUCGGUGGGAGGAAGCGGACAAGGGAAAAGAUGACCAUCCACGCCGAGGGUCUCGUGGCUAUCGUGGUGUUCUAUCUCCUGAUCCUGGUCGUGGGGAUCUGGGCCGCGUGGAAGAAUAAGAACUCUGGAGUCGGCGAUGGCGGAGAACGGAGCGAGAGCAUUAUGGUUGGGGGGAGAGACAUCGGCUUGUUCGUUGGCGGAUUCACAAUGACCGCCACUUGGGUCGGUGGGGGCUACAUCAAUGGGACAGCAGAGUAUGUCUAUCUGCCAGACUACGGCCUGGCCUGGGCACAGGCACCAUUUGGUUACGCUCUCAGCUUGGUAGUAGGUGGCCUUUUCUUUGCCAAACCCAUGCGCUCCCGUGGAUACGUCACCAUGCUGGAUCCCUUUCAGCAGCUUUAUGGGAAAAGAAUGGGAGGCCUGCUCUUCAUCCCUGCACUGAUGGGAGAAAUCUUCUGGUCUGCAGCCAUUUUAUCUGCACUGGGUGCCACUCUGAGCGUGAUCGUGGACAUAAACAUCAACAUGUCCGUGGUGAUCUCAGCUCUCAUAGCCAUCUUCUACACACUUGUUGGAGGACUUUACUCAGUCGCAUACACCGAUGUGGUGCAGCUCUUUUGCAUCUUUGUGGGCUUGUGGAUCAGCGUGCCUUUUGCUCUGUCCCAUCCGGCUGUGACAGACAUUAGUGUCACAGCAAAAGAAGUCAUUUACCAGUCGCCCUGGCUGGGGAAGAUUGAACCUGAGGACAACUGGCUCUGGGCAGACAACUUCUGUUUGCUGAUGUUGGGGGGGAUUCCCUGGCAGGUCUAUUUUCAACGGGUUCUUUCUGCCUCUUCAGCUACCUAUGCCCAGGUCCUCUCCUUCCUCGCCGCCUUUGGCUGCUUGGUCAUGGCCGUACCCUCAGUCCUCAUAGGAGCUAUAGGGGCUUCCACAGACUGGAACCAAACUACUUAUGGGUCUAUCCCCCCAAAAGAUAAGGAAGAAUCAGACAUGAUCCUUCCCAUCGUACUUCAGCACCUCUGUCCACCUUACGUCUCCUUCUUUGGCCUGGGUGCAGUGUCGGCUGCAGUCAUGUCAUCGGCGGACUCUUCUAUUCUCUCGGCCAGCUCCAUGUUCGCCAGGAACAUCUACCAGCUCGCCUUUCGGCAGUCGGCCUCAGAUCGCGAGAUUGUUUGGGUGAUGCGUAUCACCAUCUUUAUAUUCGGAGCCCUCGCCACUGCUAUGGCGUUGUUAACAGGAUCCGUAUAUGGCUUGUGGUACCUUAGCUCCGACCUGGUCUAUGUCAUCAUCUUUCCCCAGCUGCUCAGUGUGUUGUUUGUCAAGGGCACCAACACGUACGGCUCUGUCGCUGGUUAUGUCUUUGGUCUCCUGCUGCGCAUUGGUGGAGGGGAGCCCUACCUCAAACUCCCUCCCUUCAUCUUCUACCCUGGCUGGGUGACCCAGGAGAAGACACACCACCUCACUGGUCAAGUCGAGUACUUUGUCCAGCAGAGGUUUCCGUUCAAGUCUGUGUCCAUGGUGGCGUCCUUAUUGGCAAACGUGGGCUUCUCUUACCUGACAAAGUACCUCUUUGAGAGUGGCAUGCUGUCGCACAAGUACGACUUCCUGGACGCCGUCGUGUCUAAGCAUAGCAAGGAGAUCAUGGACAAGGCUACGCUGGUGAGCAACCACGACAACAUUAUUCUUUCGGAGAUGGCGCCCGUCAGACAGGUCAUAGGGGCUUCUCUAGCGGGGACCUUCACCAACGCUGAGGCGCUCAGUGAUGAAGGGGAAGAUAGUCCUGAGGCUUUUCAGAAUUAAAAAGGAGCGCAACAAAGGCACAAAUGAAACUAGAACCAAGGAAUAUGAAGAAGAAGGAAUAGCCACAGAGGCAUCGACAUUCUUCAGGAAGCUUGCUACUGCCGCACUGGAAGCUCAGUCAACAGAAAUGUGCUUUGACUUCAAAGUGACUCCACAAGUUUGUUUUAAUGCUGAUGACAUGGUGCCUCCUUCUUUUUCUGAGAUUCCUUGCCUAGAAACAGGAAGUUGACUGUCAAACAAACCACUGUGUUACGCGUACCAUUACUCACUCCGUGUGACUGUGAAUCCAAAACCACGACAAUAGUUUUUAAUUUAAGUGCUGCUACAGUGAUGAGGGAGAAACUUUAAUUAACUUACAGUGAGCCUGUGUGGGGAUGUCGUCAAGACUUUGCAGGCCGGCGAGAGAAUGGUGCGAAAGCUAACCGCGAAAUUGUGUCGUCGUCAACAAAGGUGAGAAGUCGUUGAAGUGUGUGUGUGUGUGUCUGUGUGUAAGCUCCAGAAUCUUUUUUUUUUUUCUGACUGAGUUGUACGUUUGCAUAGAAUAUGUUUAUUAAUAGAGCAAUAAUAUUUUUUAGGAUCUAUAUUUUGUUGAUCGAUGACUAUAUGCGGAUCUUUUAACUUUAACACCAGUGAGUGGAUUCUUGUGUGGAUUAUAUGCUGUGCGUUCACCUUCUUCCUAAUCCUCCGGCCAUAAUUAAGAACCUCCUCACCCUUUCAUCUGAUAUUCACACACACAUGCCGAGGAUGAACAGGAACUAGACAGGAGGUUCAGUUCAGUUUAGACUCUGCAAAAUACCAGAUUACAAUAGUUCACAGCAUUUCUGAACAUACACCUCUUCUCCUAUAAUAUCCUGAUGCUGUUGCUGAUUAAACUUGGGCUAUUACAGAAGAUAGGGCAGAUAUGGAGCAACACGAUCACACAUUUAAAACUGCAACUAUGUCCAUCUAUGUAGCACAGUGUUAAAUAUUCACACUACACACCUCUGUCUUGUUCUCCACCUCCUCGUGAGGUACAUUUUCUGACUUCAAACUGUACAUUUAAAUAAAGACUGUGUCGUACAGCUUUAAUAAAUAUCCAUAUCCAUACAAGACACGUGGCACUACAUAUUAGUACUGGACGCAAGACAUCCAAGUGUAAUGACACAUCACAUCGAUAUAGUAAAGCUAUACGUCCAAAAAAAAAACAACCAUCAUUUUGUUGUUCGUUAAUAACCCCAAGCAUCCAUUGGCUUCCAUUCAUAGACAUUAUUUAAACAUGCAGCCCUUGUUGUUGUCGUUGUUAAACUUACAAACAUCUCUGAUGUGUUUUGGCAUCAUCACAACACGAUCACAACAAUAAAAGCACAUGAUGAUGGUGUUCACUGUGUGAGUUAAUGUAAAUGAAUGGAAAACAAACUGCUGCCGGGACAGGACGAACAUUUAGAAACGCAAAACAUGACAUAACAUACCUUGAUAUUAUUUUUAAAGGACCAACAUCUUUGUAAAUUAUCUUUAAGAGCCUAUUUUUAAUCAAAUAUGCCCGUGUGCUUGUGUGUGUGUCUGUGUAAUAGUGUUUUUUCUGCACUGACGGACCAGCCACAGCAGGUUAGUGGCGACAGGAAAUGAUUUUCCUCUCCAAACGUGGUGUCAGUAGCGCCACUUGUUAGUGAUCCAGUCCCCAGUCAAUUAGCCUUCAGGACAUUUGAUUAACGCAGAAAAUAGGUUCAACACUGUGGUUUACAGGGGGGUUUGUUUUACAGCGUAUUUAUUAUACGCAGUGACGAAGAGUUGAAAGGGUUAUCUUCAUGGUCAAGGGGUUGGCUGUUUUAAAUGAUCUGACACACACCGCUGUCACUGUAAACGACGAGGCUAAAGAUUUCCUAUUUCCAGUACGUGUUUGUCUUCUCGUAACACUGUUGUUGUUGUUGUUUUUUGACUCUCUGUACUUGCCUUAAAUCGAAGGUCAGCAGUGUAGUUGCAAAAGUUUCCUUUCUAAAACCUUUGAAAGAUAAGGCUCAUGGUUUACUACUGUAUUUGAUUUAUUUUAGACAACUGUUGAUUGCCAAAAAUGGGUCAGUAUUUUUGCACUAUCUCACUAAAUCAUUUGUUUGGAACUAUUUUCAUAUGUGGAUGAAUACAUAUUUGAUGUUUUCUGGACAUCAAUGGUGCGCUCGGCCACAGAGGAACAAGAUGUGCGGCUGUGAGACUUUGGCUGUAUGAAAAGGAGUUGUUAGGAGAUUCAUGUCACUAUUGUUGUUGUUUUUUUCUCAUCAAUCAGAAAAAUAGAGUAAACAUCAACCUUAUCUUUCAAGGUAGCAAGGCCUUGUAGUUCUUCUUUACCACAGCUCGGGAACAAAUCCACGUAUGUGUCCACCCCUCACGGUAAACUAUUCUAAAUCCUAAACCUUUCGUGUCCAGUCUUUAACUUUUCAUCAACUAUCUUCUUCAAAGUGAACGGAGUGACUUGUGUAAAAGCAUCAGAGCAUCACACCGGAAAUUAAAUGUGAACGUAAACGUCCCACGUCAUGAAUUAAGCCUCAUAAUGAGUGUGUCGUAGCUUAGGUUCGUCCACAAACCUGAACACGCGUGCGCACAGAAAAGAAUCGACGUCCGCUGACGUCUGACUGACACGUGUGUGUGGCUCUAUGUGGUUUAAAGUGCAAUGAUGCUGUAUUUUUGUGUGACAAAUGUACAUAUACCAAAAAAAAGAUGACUCUACUUUUAAAUGCAGCAUUGAAAAUGAUGUUUGUUGACAGUGAAAUUACAGCUAUUUAUUUAUUUAUUUAUUUGUUUAUUUAUUCAUUCAUGUAGUGUCUAUAAAAUGUGAGGUCAGUUGAAUAAAUUAUAUUAUUUAGCUCA